GCCCGGGUCACCCACCAACUCAUAUUCCAUUUCACUCUAAUUGGAUGGAAAGAUGGACUCAGUUUGGGGAGGAGCUGCUAGAGAUCUCAGGAAGAAAAACAGAAACCAGAGAGAGACAGACAGACAGACAGACAGACAGACUGACUGACUCUUAAGACUACCGGGCUAGUGGCAAACUGUUCCCACCCGCUCCGUUUCCUGUAAGCCAGUGCACGGGCUAAGCUACACCCCACAGGUCCGGGUGAGGCUCUGACACAUCUGGACCCCCAGAGGCCUCAGCCUGGCCACUGUUAGCCCACCUGCUUUAUUUGACCCUCUGCUACUGGCCACUUUAAAUGUGCCAGACACACUCUGGUGACCCUGGGGACCCCAGCAUAGGACAAGAAGGAAUAACGGGCUUCCUGGAGAGCCCAGUGGAGAGCAUUGAGUUAUUAUGCGUGUCUUCGAUGGCAGCGGCAGAGUUGCCCAGGACAAAGCCGAGCAGCCUGAGCUCCAGGGAAGAGGCUCCUUUCAGAAAGGGCGGAGGCCGAUGCUUGCUCAGCCUUUCUGGAUCCAACAGGUCCCCUCCUACAGCUACUGGCCACAUUGUUGCUGUAUAGCUGUGCCAGCCAUGUCUGCCACCCAGCACAAGACCGCUCUGCCUCAGGGCGUCCGAGUGGGCACUGUCAUGAGAAUUCGAGGCGUGGUCCCUGACCAGGCUGGCAGGUUCCAUGUAAACCUGCUCUGCGGCGAGGAGCAAGGGGCAGAUGCCGCCCUGCACUUUAACCCGAGGCUGGACACGUCCGAGGUUGUCUUCAACACCAAAGAACAAGGCAAAUGGGGCCGCGAGGAGCGGGGCGCUGGCAUCCCCUUUAGGCGUGGGGAGCCCUUUGAAGUGCUCCUCAUCGCCACAGAGGAAGGCUAUAAGGCUGUGGUCGGGGAUGACGAGUACCUCCACUUCCAACACCGGAUGCCGCUCGGGCGCGUGCGCUUGGUGGAGGUGGGCGGAGACGUGCAGCUGCAUUCCGUGAAGAUCUUCUGAGCAAGGACUCAAGGGC